UUUUUUUCCUCAGGUGGCUUUUCCACUGUGUUCCUGGUGCGUACCCAUGGUGGAGUACGCUGUGCAUUGAAACGAAUGUAUGUUAAUAAUGUGCCUGACCUCAACAUUUGCAAAAGAGAAAUAACAAUUAUGAAAGAACUCUCUGGGCACAAGAAUAUUGUAGGCUAUUUAGAUUGUGCUGUUAAUUCUGUUAGCGACAAUGUGUGGGAGGUGCUCAUCUUAAUGGAAUAUUGUCGAGCGGGGCAAGUCGUGAAUCAGAUGAAUCAGAGACUUCAGACAGGCUUUACUGAGCCAGAAGUACUGAGGAUAUUUUGUGACACCUGUGAAGCUGUUGCCAGGUUGCAUCACUGUAAAACCCCAAUAGUUCACCGGGACCUGAAGGUAGAGAAUAUUUUGUUGAAUGACAAUGGAAACUAUGUCCUUUGUGACUUUGGCAGUGCCACUAACAAAUUCCUUAAUCCUCAGAAAGAUGGUGUUAAUGUAGUUGAAGAAGAAAUUAAAAAGUAUACAACACUGUCAUACAGAGCUCCUGAAAUGAUCAAUCUUUAUGGAGGAAAACCAGUUACUACCAAGGCAGAUAUCUGGGCACUUGGCUGCUUACUGUAUAAACUUUGUUUCUUCACACUUCCCUUUGGGGAGAGUCAGGUUGCUAUUUGCGACGGAAAUUUUACCAUUCCAGACAAUUCCCGAUAUACCCAUAAUGUACAUUGUUUGAUACGGUACAUGCUUGAACCAGAUCAAGAACGGAGACCCGAUAUCUUUCAAGUAUCUUAUUUUGCCUUUAAACUUGCCAAAAAGGAAUGUCCAUUGUCCAAUAUUAAUAAUUCUCCUGUCCCUUCAACUCUUCCUGAACCCAUGUCAGCUAGUGAGGCGGCUGCUAGAAAAAGCCAAAUAAAAGCCAGAAUAACGGAUGCUGUUGGACCAACAGAAACCUCAAUUGCACCACGACAAAGACCAAAGGCCAAUUCAAGCACUGCCACUUCUAAUGUGCUAACUAUCCAGAGUUCAGCAACACCAGUAAAAGUAUCGGUUCCUGGUGAAUUUGGUAACUGUGUGCAAAAAGGAACCAUAAGACCAGGAAAUGGACAAGAGAUCUUGUCUCAAGGGACCAAUCAGCAUCCUCCACAACAAAAUAGAGUACUGCAGCAACUGCAGCAGGGGGACUGGAGAUUACAGCAGUUGCACCACUUGCAUCACCAGCAACAAUUACUUCAGGAUGCUUACAUGCAACAGUAUCAACAAGCAAUGCACCAGCAAAUGAUUCAACAACAACUUAUGAUGCAAUCUAUGUACCAACAGCAACCUUCCCCAUCCCAGUAUCCUGCCAUGGUGCAACAAUACCAGCAAGCUCUCUUACAUCAGCGGAUCCUUGCACAGCAACAUCAACAGCAACCUCAACAUCCACAGUCUCCUGAGUAUCUUACCUCUCCUCAAGAGUUCUCACCAGCCUUAAUUUCCUACUCUGCAUCACUUCCAGCUCAUGUUGGAGCUGUGAUGGAUUCUCCUUAUCCGGCCAAUAGGCAAGUACGCAUAUUCUCAGCCGUUCCUGAUGCAGAGGCCGUUUCCAGUUACCCAAAGCAGAACAUCAGUAACCCACCUGAUAUGUCAGGCUGGAACCCAUUUGGAGAGGACAAUUUCUCCAAGCUAACAGAGGAGGAGCUACUGGACAGGGAAUUUGACCUUCUGAGAUCAAACAGGCUCGUGGAGAGGAGAACAUCCUCAGAUAAGAAUGUGGAGCCAUAUUCUGCUCCACAGAACCAUCCUUCUGAAGAUCCCUUUGGUUCUGUACCUUUCAUUUCUCACCCAGGUUCUCCAGGAAAGGCCACUGACAACUCAGCCAGCAGCCAAGAAAAUAAUUUAGGGAGCCCAAACAAGGCUGAAAAAUCAAGUCAAGCCUCUCGAGAGCACCAUCCAGGAAGAAAAACUGCAGGGGGACAAGUGCAGAAAGGAAAUGAUGAGUCAGAGAGUGACUUUGAAUCUGAUCCUCCUUCUCCCAAGAGCAGUGAGGAAGACGAAGAACAGGAGGAUGAAGAUGUCUUACAGGGGGAGCAUGGAGACUUUAAUGAUGACAAUGAUACAGAGCCUGAGAACUUUGGCCAUCGGCCUCUCCUUAUGGACUCUGAAGAUGAGGCGGAGGAAGAGGAGGAAGAAAAGCAGAGUUCGGAUUCUGAUUCCGAUCGCACCAAGGGAAAGCCCAUGGAAGGGAUCCCUUGUGGUAGAUACAGAGAGGUGGGUGGCAGUCAUGAAGACAGAGAACCCAAUGUAGCACUCUCUUCCCUGUCUGAGUUACCAAGUACUGUGGCCAAGGUAAGCCCUGGCCAAGAAUUUGAUGUGUUUGGAGCUGUCCCUUUCUUUGCUCUUCAGACUCAGCAACCUCAGCCAAGAGAAAAGAGUGACACAGAUUUCUCCCCUCAGCCAGCUUUUCUUGGCCUGAGGCAAGAGCAGGAUGACUUUGAUGUCUUCACCAAAGCCCCAUUCAACAAGAAGGUGGCCCAGGCAGAUGGCCCGGUUGUCGGAGCUGAGACCCAAACCUCCCCUACUUCUCCCCGAAGUGUGGAUAUUUUUGGCUGCACCCCUUUCCAGCCUCUUCCCACCCCAAAGAGCAGUGAAAGCAGAGAGGACCUCUUUGGGCUUGUCCCCUUUGAGGAGAUUACAGGGAGCCAGCAGCAACAGAAGGUGAAGCAGCAGCGGAAUCUGCAGAAACUCUCCUCCCGGCAAAGACGCAUGAAACAGGAGGUGCCCAAAAGCAAUGGGAAGCGCCACCAUGGCACCCCGACCAGCACCAAGAAGGCUUUGAAACCCAGCUACCGCACCCCAGAGAGAGCCCGCAGGCACAAAAAAACUGGCCGCAGGGACUCCCAAAGCAGCAACGAAUUCCUAACUAUCUCCGACUCCAAGGAAAACAUAAGCGUUGCAUUGACUGACAGCAAAGAUCGAGGCAACCCUUUGCAAGCGGAUGAGAAUCUGCUGGACCCCUUUGGAGCCAAACCUUUCCACCCACCAGACUUGAUGCGGAACCCACAACAUCAAGGACUGGCUGACAACCGUGGGGACCAUAAUAUAGUAGUGCCUGGUAGACCUCGACAGAGCUCCCUGCACGGGGCCGUUCACGGUGGUGAUGGGCUAAAAACAGAUGACUUUGGUGCAGUGCCCUUCACAGAACUGGUUGUGCAGAGUGUAAUGCCACAGCAGGCCCAGCAGCAACAGGCAUUAGAGUUAGAUCCAUUUGGGGCAGCUCCAUUUCCUUCCAAACAGUAAGUGCUCCCACCAGACUAUUUCUCAUUCCCUGCACUAUUUAACUUCGUUUUUAAAUAGUGUAAUAAUUCAUCUGGUUGAAUUGACAGGAAACUGAUUUUUCGUACAGUUUAUUCAGCCUCGGUACUGCAUGCCCAGCGUUCCCCCAGAAUUUUAAAUCCUGUGGUUUUGUAUUGUACAAAACACCCAGAAAAAGGAGGAAGCAUUUCAACAGGACAGCGCAUUUCCAGAGCAGAAGAGGAAUCCGACAUGAGCUAUUGUUUCAGCCACUGACUUUGUAGCCAUGAAAUAUACUGUUCUGCACUUUUGCAUGGCCUUUUCGCUUGUAGGCGAGGGGGAAAACCAUGGAAGAAGGUCUGCCAUGAUGCAUCCAGUUAGUCUGAUGGAAUGGAAUCCUUCUAUGAUACAAACCUUUGACUCUCUCUGAGACCUGAGAUAAUAUGUAUGUGCUGGUAUCCAUGAUCUGCUGGAAAUUCUUCAGUCUCCACCUUCUAAAUGAAAGCUCUUUUCUAAUCCUAACAAAGAAACCUACUCAAAGGAUUGUGUCUCAAGAUUUCAGAGCAUGGUGGUGGUUUGAGAACUGGUGCACAAGUAGAGGUGGAAGGCCAUUUUUGUGUGCCUGAACAUUAAUAUUUUUACAGUAAGUGCCAUUAAUAUAAAAUAGCAAAAUGAAAGUCUAGAGUUAAAACUAAAGAUAUAGAGAAUAUAUUGGUUUGCCAGAUAAAAUCAUGGGUAACAAAGUAGCAGAAAUACAGCCAGCAUUUGCAGCACUUUGAAGACUACACAGUACAUUUGACAAGAGGGGCUGAUUUACCUGGAUGCCAUGUCUAGCACAGCGGGAGUAUAUCAGAUCAUCAGUAAAAUUGGCAGCAAGUGAAAACACGUAAAGAUUACAAAUCAGUUUUAUUCAAUUAUCAAUUAGGGUUUGCAUCUGAGAAUACCACUUUUUUUUUUUCUCUUGGAUUUUUAUUCCAAACAAAAUCUGUGUAUAUCUUUAGAAACUGUUUUUAAACAAUUAUGAAAUUGUCACAUAAUAUUCUUUUAAGUUCUGACAACUCUAUUAUUGUACUUAGUCUGUUUUAUCAGAGUUUCUGCUAAAUGCACUGAGCUAUGAAGAAGCUAUACCGUGAAACCACAGAGUUUCAGAAGAGAAGCAGUAAGCAGCAGGUAGCUUGUAGAUGCUGAUUACUAUUCUGUCAGUAAACUGCGUUUCACACCACAAGGCCUUACAGACAGGACCCACUUCCUGCUACAAAGUACCUCUUAAGCCGACAGGUGCACAUGAGAGUGCUAAAAAGUAUAGUACACAGUAUGUCAUGAUGGGCUGGUGAUGCUAAUCCACUUGGUGAAUACAUGAUUUAGUUGUUGUUAUAAAAGUAUAUACUACCUGUAUAUGGGCCUGAUUCUCCACUGUCUUGUACCUUGUGUCUAGUCACUUACACCUGUUGCAAAGUGAGCAGAAAUCAGAGUGGUGGUAUUUGACACCUAUUUCACAUUCAUUUUUCGCAGGCAUAAAUGACUAGACACUAGAUGGAAGGAAUCGGGUCUUCUUUGUUUAUGUCACCAUGGUAUAUCUUGCUCUGAAUAUUGACAUUUUGCACAAAAAGCCAAGUUUUAAAUUAUUUGAGACAAAUCAAUGGAUGAAUGAAUUGUAUAUGCAGAUGCAGUGAGUGUUCCCUUCCUACCCACCUGCCCUCCUCCCCCCAGACACACUCACUCUCUCUCUGGAUUAGCUGAAAUCUAGAUUAAUACAUUUCUUCCGAAAGUCUUAAGAAAAAUACAGUUAGGUGCAGACUCUUCCAUAGAUUUUUCCAGAGGAGUCUGGCUCUUUUCGAGCACAAAAAUAAAAAGGAGACUUCUUAAAACAAAUUGCUGCUCUCCUUUGCUGGCUUUAUUCAAUUUUCUUUGACUGCUUUUUUGGAUUGACUAGAAACCACCUGUAGCUAAAGUAUUCAUGUCUCUAGUCCUAGACAAGAGAAAUAAGAUACAUACAUGGGUCUUUAUCUCUUUCUCUUCCUCUCUUUUUCCUUUAUUCUGACAAAACAGAUGAAAUUCAAAUACAAAGUCUUGCUGAGUUAGAGAUGUCCUUCUCGUGCUAAAAUGUUUAGCUUUGAGAGACAGUUAAAAAUGGGUAACCUCUAUCUGCAUCUGAAUAUUCCAGUUUUUAGACUCUGUCCCUAUUAAUCUUUCCUAUUCUUGUGCCAAGAAGCAGAUGUCGAGCUUGCAUUUUUUUCUGGCUCUCAGGUUAACAUUGAUUUACGAAGAAACACACGAAACUGCUUUUACGUAGCUUUUUAUUGAAAUUUCACACACAUACCUAAUUAGUUGUUGGAAGAUGUUAGUUCCAAAAGUGAUCA